AUGUCUCAAAAUUAUCAACAAGGUGUUUUCAGUUUCUCGAAUGGAUUUGAGAGAUCACAGAAAGAACAGCAGAUCCGACUGGAUAACGUGACGAACAGCCCAAUUCAGCAUACCAAACAUGCUCUGAGAGCUCAAGGUUUGGAGGCCGAUCCGCCAUUGUUAGGUAUCCAAGAAGAAGAAUCCGGUGGCCUUCCAGGUUAUGAAACGGCGGGGAUGUUGUCCGAGAUGUUCAAUUUUUCUUCUGCCACCGAAUUAUUGGAGAACCAGAUAUCACAAAAUUAUCGAAAUCCGAGGCAAAGGUUGCCCGUCCCAUGGUAUCAGAGCAAACAAGCCAUGCAGCUUUUAUUCAUGAAUCCACAGCAAAGGUCCUCUUCACCGUCUUCUUCUCAUCACCACCCUCCUCAACCUUCAUCCGCCGCCACUCUCCACCAAUCGUCGACUUUCGAAGCCUUUCACCACCCUGUGGGCGUAACCACCACGGCGGAAGCGACUUUUGCUGCUGCAUAUGAAACCAACCCUAUUGAAAUGCCAGGUGCAGUGGAAGGACAGGGCCUUUCUUUAUCCUUAUCUUCUUCACUACAGGCGGCCAAAGGUGAGAAUUUGAGGGCGGGAGAAGGUGGGAUGUUGUUCUUUGGUCAAGGAGUAGGAGGAGGGUCAACUUCUGUUCAAUACAAUUUCAAGAAUUUUGGAGGCCGGGCGUUGCAACUGCAAGGCGGAGUUGGUCGAAACCAUCAGUUACAGGGUGGGUUGGGAUCGCCCAUUGCGGCAGUGAAUCUGCUAAGAAAUUCCUUGUAUGCUAAGGCGGCUCAAGAAUUGCUCGAAGAGUUUUGUAGUGUUGGUAGGGGUCAGUUCAAGAAAAAUAAAUUCUCCAAGAAUACCAAUCCCGCCGCUUCUGGAGGUGGAAAUUCUUUAUCUUCUUUAAAGGAUCAACCACCUUUGUCAGCUGCUGAUAGGCUCGAGCAUCAAAGAAGGAAGGUCAAACUAUUAUCUAUGCUUGAUGAGGUGGAUAGAAGAUACAACCAUUAUUGCGAGCAAAUGCAAAUGAUAGUGAAUUCUUUCGACAUGGUGAUGGGCUUCGGCUCAGCAGCGCCGUACACUAGUCUAGCACAAAAGGCCAUGUCUCGACACUUUCGAUGUCUAAAGGACGCGAUUAUUGCACAACUUAAGCACAGCUGUGAGGCUUUAGGAGAAAAAGAUGCAAGCACGUUAGGGGUGACCAAAGGGGAGACCCCAAGACUCAGAAUUCUUGAACGAAGUUUACGACAACAAAGGUCAUUUAAUCAAAUGGGAAUGUUUGAACAAGAUACUUGGAGGCCCCAAAGAGGUUUGCCUGAAAAAUCUAUCAACAUUUUGAGAGCUUGGCUAUUCGAGCAUUUUCUCCACCCGUACCCAAGUGAUGCAGACAAACAUUUGUUGGCUCGACAGACUGGUCUAUCAAGAAACCAGGUCUCAAACUGGUUCAUUAAUGCUAGGGUCCGGUUGUGGAAACCAAUGGUAGAAGAAAUGUACCAACAAGAGGCUAAAGAAGAGGCACAAGGGGACCAAACCACCAGUCCCGCCGCCGCCUCCGCCAUGACAGAGGCGGCAGCCACAGCAGCACCACCCACAUUUACUUCAUCUAGCAAAAGAUCAGAAAUCUAUGUGACUGAAAAUGACCCUUCACUAAUUGCAAUAAAUAGACAAUGCAACUCACAAAACCAAGCAAAACAUACCAACGUUCAAUCCUCCACCACCGCUUCCGCCACCGUUUCCACCGUCCACGAAUCCGACAUGUGCCACCGAGGCAGAAUUGUUGGCUUAUCUGACUUUGAGACUAGCAACACCAAUGCUGAUAUUGAAUCUCCACUUACAAGGUUUGGAAAGACGACUGCUGGUGACGUGUCACUUACUCUAGGGCUACGUCAUGCCGGAAAUGUCCCGGAAAGUAGCCAUUUUUCACUUAGGGACUUCGGGGGAUGUUAA